AUGACCUCACAGCAGGAGAUGGUGGUGAGGAAUAUAUCGAAGAUGCUAGAAACUCAGCUACGUGCGACAUGGGAAGGUCACAUAAGGACAAAAGAAGCGAAAGUCCGUCGCGCAAUCACGGAUAUCAUCGAAGAAGGCUUCGUAGGCAAUCAAUCGGCAAGCCUGCAGUCGGUCAAGGAUGUAGUAGGACCCCAAUCAGGGGUAAUCUCAGGAGGGGGAUCUCUAACAAUGUUUGAGGAUUUGGCACAUUCGGCUCUGAAUAGACUCCUUGGUCUGAUGUCGGAGGUGGACGCGCUGUGUAUGAUAGACAUAAGGAGUAUCCGCAUACAGUCUCAACCUGAUUCCAAUCCGGAAUAUCAUGUCGAUCCUUCCUCACCCCAUCCUGUAUCUACUAUCGCUCUUGCCCCUCGACAUGAUCCUGAAUGGACACUUCUUCCCUCAACCUCAGCUCUACUAUCAUAUCUCAAUCGGUCACAUUCCCUAUUUACGUUCACUCAGUCAUCACUAUCCGGCCUAGAAUCUGAACUACCUCCCAACACCAAAUCUCACCUCGCGAUGCCCUUCUUUACCCUCGAUCAACCCUCUUUCAUCAUUAUAGCCAUUUCAGAACACGACAUCAUCCAUUUGGACAGUGUCAACAUCACUCGAAGUGUCGGUUCAGUUCUCUUAGCAAAGGGGAUUCAGAGCCGAGUGAUGGAAGCGGAUGCAGCUAAGACGGCAUUCCUAUCAUCGAUCUCACACGAGCUUAGAACGCCCAUGCACAGUAUAAUGUCUGGACUCCAACUCGCCCAAUCAUCCGUCGACGGCAAGGAUGGUCAGACCCUGCAACGGAUCCUGGACGACGUGAUUGAUUUUGAUCCGGCUUACAACAGUAAAAGUAAAGUAUCUCGAGACGUCACAGUGGAUCUACUCAAACUGGCCAAAGAUGCGGUGCAGAUAUGUUUAGCAAGAUCGGAUGACAUGGAAUUGGGUUCCACAGUGUACAUAGAGUAUCAAGAGAGGGACUGGGUGGCGACGAUCGAUGAAGCGAGAUAUAACCGAAUAAUCUUCAAUGGUCUUACCAAUGCUAUGAAAUUUUGCAAGAACGGGUCGAUAUCCGUUUCCCUCUCAACCUGUGGAGACACGACCAAACUCGUAACUCGAAUCACCGACAAUGGAAUCGGUAUCGACGACAAAGUGUUGCCUCGUCUGCUCGAGCCUUUCACAAAGCAGGACUUACACAGUCCCGGUGCUGGAUUAGGACUGUAUAUCACCAAGAACCUGGUCAAUAGCAUGGGAGGGACCUUUGCAAUCCAAUCGACGCUUGUCAAGAGGAUCCUACAAUACAAGGGGAUGGAUCCGAAAGGUGAAGGAACGAUUUCAUCUCCGACCUUGGCAAUCCCAGCUUCCAUCUCUUCUUCUGCUGCCCCUUCGAAGAUCAAAAAGACGACUAAGGAGCACAAGCACGACACGAAAGCCCUUAAAGUGAUGGUAGUGGAUGACCAUAGGAUCUGCCGAUUACUACUUCUCAAGUCAGUUCAAAAGGGUCCUACGCCUGUGCAAACCGCUCAAGCUGCAGAUGGUCAACAAGCUGUCGAAAUGUUCAGGACCUUUCAACCGGACUUGGUAAUCACCGAUGUGUCCAUGCCGGUGAUGGAUGGGAUCACCGCUGCUCAAGAGAUGAGAAGAGUCAGUCAAGAGAUGAGUCUUCUGCCUUGCAAGAUCUACGCUCUGACUGGUCUGGGGUCGUCCGAUCCAAGACUCAAGUCGAUUGGGAUGGAAGGUGGUGCGGCGCUGGAUGGGUGGCUAGUGAAAGGACAAGAUGAUUUGAAAGUGAUACAAGGGAUUGUCGCGAAUGUCCAUGAGGAUGUGAACCAGCGGGAGGAGAUCAGUCCAGAAGAGAUGUUGAAAAAGGUCCAGAUAGCGGAUGUCUCGCUGGCCGUGUAG